UCUAAGCACAGGUGUGGAAACUCUACAUUACAAAUUACAUUUGUGUCUUUAGAUUACUUUUUCUUGAAACAACAAUCUUUUAUACAGGCAAAAGAUUUUGUUAUUGGAUUCCAUGUUAUUUUUCUUUUAAGUUUGUAAGGCAGAUACAUUUAUUGGAUGAGAAUGAAUGAAAAUGAACUAAAGUUUUGAUGCUCACACACUCAACAACCAGCUCUUUUUUGAGGCUAGGUACUGGCUUCUAUUACCAGAUAAUUCUUCACGGCUAAGCUUACUGACACCCAUGUUUGUUAAAUUCAUUCUUUCAAAAGCAUUUUUUUUUAUUCAGAUUUUUUUUUCAAACAUGUAAAACAAAACAUGUAGAACACUAUAAAAUAAAAAAUACAUGUUUGAAAAGGGGAUAGGAAGAAGCCAACGCUUAUUUAAGCUUAUCCCUCCAGCUACUUUUCACAUGUUAGUCCAUAAUAUUCAACAUAAUAAUAUUUUCUCUUUUUCGACAAUAUACAUUUACAAUAAAUAAUUGGAAAUAUUUUUUAUCUAUCUUGUAUUUUAAGAACUGUUUCUCUUUAAGUUCGAAACUAAAUUGUUUGAUGUUCAGACAUUGUAUUUAUUCUCAAGACUUUUAGAGGAUAAGAGGUUAUAAAAGGCUGAAAAAGGUCUUAACAUUACAGAGGAGUAACAACAAACUCCUUUUUGUACAUUUACUGUACAAAGCCAAACGUACUUCAUUUUCUUCAAAAUGUUUUUUUUUUAAUUUAUUGUUAACGUUACAGUCGAAAAAAAAAGGAGUCUGUGGCUUUUUGCAAAGAGCACUUCCUCCAACCAAGAUAAGACAGAAAAACACAGAAGCGCACAGACAGAAUCCGGCUCUUCUCGGUACACGAGGCUGAGCAGAUUUUUAAACACCAGAACUUCGAUUGUUGAACUUCAGGCUAUGGAGGACCUUUGCAAUAACACAGAAACUAAAGUGUGGAACUUUGAGUGUUAUCCAUUUGUCGCUCGCCUGGUUUUCUGGGUUCUCUGUGCAAUGCUGUUCCUCUCUGCAAUUCUGAAUUUCAUUUGCUGCAUUAUGAAAUUCAAGUCAGGAAAAGUGAUGUGUGUAAAAGUUAGAAAAAGUUUUCAUUUGAAUGGAUCAAGAUCAAGUCAGGCUUCAUGCCAAAUGGAGGAUAAUCCCAUUUAUGGAAACUUAAACUACAUGCAAACAAGUGUAGGUGUGUACACAGAAAGUGAGGCUUGCUGCUCCUCAGUCAGCCCUUCAUCGUUGGGAAAUCUGCAGAGAGUGGCAUCUGACCCACAGUCCAAAAGUCAGGACUGCUACGCCAACCUGACCCUCAAGGCUCCGCGGCAGAAGGCCAAGUGCGGCUCUCCUCAGCCGCAGUUCUCCCGGGAGGCGUCUUUAGAGGAGCCGACGGAGUCCGAGAGAGAAGACAACGAGGAGAACCCAGACGCUGUCUCCACGGUGUCUGAUCUGUACGCUUCUGUGCAAACACAGCGAGCCAAAACCAUCGACUGUGCAGACGGCAUGGAGGAGUAUGCAAACCAUCUCUGAGGCGAGACCUGUAACCACACGACGGCGCUGUUGUCAUGGCAGAACACUUUGAAGGCCUUCUGUGUGUAGCACAUGGAAAAUGUGGUUGAUGUGAACCCAGCUGGGUUACAGACAGGUUUACAAACUACCUCCUAUGACUUUGCUUGAUAGGUAUGAAAAACGAAAGACUGUAAAACAUCCAAAAAUAUUCUAGCAGAAGCAGCAAGACCAUUUAUUUGAUCCGUAUGCUUAUGCUUAUACACAUUCAAUGUUUUUCAAGUGAGUUUGUUAAGAAAAUCUGUCAUUCAUAUAUAUGUAAAUAGUUUGUUUUUUAGGAUUAAAAAACUAUGAAAACGGGAAUAUUUUCAUUAAAUAUUCAUAAGUAUUUGUAAACAUCAAAAUAAAAAAUAUUGUUCGUAUUACCCAUGA